CCUCCGACCUCCGUGUGCCGCCCGUCCGGCUCCUCCGAUCGACACAUCCAUCCAUCAUCCCCGGCACUACCCGCGUCCAACAUCCAGUUGACUGGCUGACGACACACCUAGCCAGUUUGUCGAUUCUUCGUCUCGCAUCCCCCAAUAUACGUACGCCCCGUUCGUUGUUUGUGAAGCACUCGACCACUAUAGUGUUUCGCUUUCUCUCCCUCCCCUCCAUCUAUCUAUCCAUCCUUACCUUCCCUUACCCCUUCAGACACAGACCCCAACAUCAUCAUCGAAAUGGCACCACCACAACAGCACAAGCCCGAGGAGGACCGGCACACCUUCUACGCGGGGAAGCCGCAGCCGGACUCGGAUUCCCCAGGCACGUUCCAGUCCAUCGAUCCCGCCACGGCAAAGCCCGUCUGCACCAUCCACACCUCGUCGCCGGCCUCCAUCAACGCCGCCGUCGACGCCGCAAAGGCCGCCUUCCCCUCGUGGUCCGCCACGCCGCCCGUCGAGCGCGCCCGCAUCCUACUGCGCGCCGUCGCCAUCCUCCGUGAGCGCAACGACGCCCUCGCCCGCGUCGAGACCCUCGACACCGGCAAGGCCUUCUCCGAGACCCAGUACGUCGACGUCGUCACCGGCGCCGACGUGCUCGAGUACUUUGCGAACCUCGUCGCCUCGGGCGGCCUCAACGGCGAGUCCUUCCGCCUGCGCUCCUCCGCCUGGGUCUACACCACCAAGGAGGCCCUCGGCGUCUGCGCCGGCAUCGGCGCCUGGAACUACCCCAUCCAGAUCGCCCUGUGGAAGUCGGGCCCCUGCCUGGCCGCCGGCAACUGCAUGGUCUACAAGCCGAGCGAGUUCACCCCGCUGCACGCCCAGUACCUCGCCGACGUCUACAGGGAGGCCGGCGUGCCCGACGGCGUCUUCAACGUCGUCUACGGCGCCGGCGACGUCGGCGCCCAGCUGACGGCCCACCCGGACGUCGCCAAGGUCAGCUUCACCGGCCAGGUGAGCACGGGCAAGAAGGUCGCCGCCUCCGCCGCCGGCGGCAUGAAGUACGUCACCAUGGAGCUCGGCGGCAAGAGCCCCGUCAUCGUCCUGCCGGACUGCGACGUCGAGCAGGCCGUCGACGGCGCCAUGCUCGCCAACUUUUACAGCUCCGGCCAGGUCUGCACCAACGGCACCCGCGUCUUCGUGCCCCGCUCCCUCAAGCAGCAGUUCGAGAAGCUCGUCGUCGACAAGAUCCAGUACGUCCGCGCCGGCGACCUGUUCGACCCGGCCACCAACUUUGGCCCCCUCAACAACAAGGCCCACCUCGAAAAGGUGCAGGCCUACGUCCGCCGGGGCGUCAUGGAUGACAAGGCGACGCUGCUGGUCGGCGGCGCCAAGCAGCCCAAGGGCCUGCCAUCGGCCUACCAGUCGGGCUACUGGAUCCAGCCGACCGUCUUCACCGACUGCACCGACGACAUGGCCAUCGUGCGGGACGAGAUCUUCGGCCCCGUCAUGAGCAUCCUGGUGUACGACACGGUCGACGAGGCCGUCGCGCGCGCCAACGCCACGGACGUCGGGCUCGCCGCGGGCGUCUUCGGCCGCGACGUCGACGCCUGCCACAGCGUCGUCUCGCGCCUCGAGGCCGGCAUCACCUGGAUCAACACGUGGGGCGAGUCGCCGGCUGAGAUGGCCGUCGGCGGGUGGAAGUCGAGCGGCGUCGGCGUCGAGAACGGACGCAAGGGGCUCGAGGCCUGGGUGCACAACAAGAGCACCCUCGUCGAGAUGGGCGGGAGCGUGCCCACUGUCUUUUCUAAGCUGUAAGAGUUAAGGCUGAGAGGGUUUAAGUGGGGGUUGUAUGUACGGUUGUGGUUGUGAAUCAAGGUGUAUUAGGAGUGGCCCAAAAAAGUUGGUUUGUUUCCCCAGAAGAAGGGAAUUCGUCGUAGCGUUUAUAUGAUAUCACGGUUUUACUUUUCUCGCC